UUCAACCCAUCCAUGGAUAGCAUUGACCUUCUGGAUAAGCUGAUGGAGUUUGAAGAUCUAUCAAAGAAUCCGAAGUUUAAGAAGGGCGUGGACGAACUCAAAUUCGACCCGUCUUUGGCAAGAGGGUUGGAUUACUACACGGGUGCUAUAUACGAAGCUGUUGUUCCAAAAGCUCUGGAAGGUGUCAGUCUAGAAGCAAAUGGUGAGGAACAGAAAGGGCUGCCUGUUGGUGUAGGAUCAGUUGCUGCCGGAGGAAGGUGCGUGUGUUAUUUUUUCUAA